AUGCGUCUGCUCAUUUUGCUGAGUUUAUUCUUGUUUGUUCAGCUUGGUUAUUCGAAACUGGUUGCGUAUAGAUGGGAACCUAUCAGUGGUGUAGGCAAAUUUUCAACAGCUUUUGCCAAUGCAUACCAAUCCGAAAAUCAGCCAGAAAUUAUUUAUUUUCAGGAAUCUUCUUUUCGUAUUUUUAAAUUUAAUCAAACUUCUGGUGAUCGAAAAUUAUUGGUUGGUUGUUAUUCUGGUUGUAUGACCGAGAAUUCGGUUUCUACUGGUGAUAUCAAUAGUGCAACUACCGUUUAUCUCACCAUUACUAGUUUUCAUGUGGACGAAACUUCAUACGACACUAUUUAUAUUGCUACCAACAAGCAGAUCUACAAAUUUCAAAAUGGAAAUUUAAUUCUUCUUUCCAAGCAGUUAGGAACUUCCACUACCAUUCAGGAAGGUUCAGCACUUUCGAAUACCAUUUUUACCAAAAUUGGUUCAAUUUCUAGGGAUCCUAUUGGAAACUUGUAUAUUUGUGAUGAAUCAAACCUAUAUAGAGUUGAUUUAAACGGAAUUAUUAAGUUUAUGAGUUUGCGAGAUGGAUUUACACUAACCAAGAAAGAUGGCUUUUCAAACGAAACAAUGUUUUCAACUUAUAUUUCGAAUAUAAGAUAUCACAAGGGAUACUUGUAUGGAUGUGAUUUAUUCUCAAUAUUCAAGAUUAAUUUACAAACAUGGUGGAUGACUGUCAUUCAAGGGAGAAAAUUUGAUGGAAAUACCAAUGAUGGACCUGCUUUGGAUGCUAAACUUAAUUUUGUGUAUGGAUUUGCAGUUUCUCCUAUUGACGAUUCAAUUUAUCUUUCAAAUUUAGGAUAUUGGAAAGUGAUUAAUCAAACUACUGGGAAUAUUUCGACCAUUUUGUUGUUCGAUUCAUCUAUUGUAUCACCAACUUUUUUCUCACCAAAUCAUAUUUUUCAUGCACAAGCUAUAAUGAAAGCUGAUUUGUCCCUUAAACAAGUUUAUCCAAUUUUAAAUAUUAAUGGAGCUAUUAUUGAUGGUACUAAUGUGCAAAAUAGAGUGUUUGAUUCAAUAGCUGCUAUUGCGUUCAAUCAAUCAAGUAAUGAACUAUUAAUUGCUGAUUCUAAUUUUGGAUUUAAUUUAAAGAAAGUGGAUUUGACAACUGGAACUGUGUCUACCAUUCCAUUAAUAGACAAAUUUUCAAAUGUUUCAUGUUGGAAUUCUUCUGAAGAGACUAAUGAGAGUUUUAUCCGUUCAAAAUUCAUUCCCAAUGCAUUACAACUCAGAAAUUCUGAUUUAUACGUUUCAUCAACUAAAAUGAUUCAAAAAAUAGAUGUAUCUAAAGGAAACGGUUGUUUAUAUGCUGGUUCCAUUACUGGUGAUAGAUUAAGAAAGAAAGGUCCUCCGUCCUCAAUAAUUUUGAAAAAUCCAACAGGAAUAUUCUGUCUCGAUUCAUUUUCUACGAUUUAUAUUGCGGAUACUGAUAAUCAUAGAAUUCUCAAAUAUACCUCAAACGAAAUGGUAGAGGUUAUUGCUGGUAUUGGAUUUCAGGGAUUUUCUGGUGAUGGAGGUUUGGCAAUUAAUGCUCAAUUAAACAAACCUCAUUCAGUUCAUUUUGAUAAGAAUUCUGGUAAUAUUUACAUUGCUGACAGUGGAAACCACAGAAUUAGAAUGAUAUUUCCUAAUGGAACAAUAACCACAAUUGUUGGAAGUGGUACUAAUGGAUUUAAUGGAGACGGAUUGAAUCCAUUAGAAACUCAUCUCAACUUACCAAAAUAUGUAUUCUAUGAUUCUGAAAUUUUAUACAUUUCAGAUUCUUUCAAUCAUAGAGUCAGAUCUUUUUUCAAUGGAACUAUUAGUACAGUGUUAGGAAAUGGAAUUACUGGAUCUAGCCUUGUUCCCAAUAAUCCUAAAGAAACUCAAUUGAAUUCACCAUUUGGAUUGUUUGUUUCAAAUCAUAAUCUCUUUGUAGCAGAUACUUAUAAUCACAGAAUAUUGUGUGUUUAUUAUGAUUUCAAGGUUGAAAUCAUUGCUGGAACAGGUGAAUCAGGAUAUAAUGGUGAUGGUAUGGUUGCAACACAGGCAAAACUCUUCCUACCAAGUAUGGUAUAUGUCAUUGACCAAUCUAUUUAUAUUGCUGAUACUGCUAAUAACAAAAUUCGUAUAAUUAAUGGAGGUGUAAUUUCAUCCUUCCAUGAAAAAAUACUAUCUCCGAUUGGUUUAUGCUCAGAAGUGCCAUAUUUUGUUUAUACAGCAGGAAAUUUAGUUUUAUCAAAUGGUCGAACGGAACCACUUGUAGGAGGUAUUGCAGAUGGAUCGAAUGUCUUUUAUGCUAAUGUAAAUCCCACAAAAAUUCUGUUAACUACAGACAACAAGAUGGUCAUUUCGGAAUCUGAAACUAAUAGGAUUAGAAUGAUUGAUAAUAUUAAGGGAGGUAUUAAGACAAUUUCUGGAACAGUCAAAAAGUUGGGUCUGACCUUUAGGUUGGGUUUGGGUUUGGGUAUGGCGAAAACCUAA